UAAAGGAUAGUCAUCGCAUUGAAUCUCGUGACUGUCCGCCAUUUGCAAAAUGCUGUCAUUCUUCAGAAGCGUUUGGGAGUGGAUAAAGAGUCUCUUCUGGAAAGAGGAAAUGGAGUUAACUCUAGUGGGCCUCCAAAACUCCGGGAAAACGACCUUCGUCAACGUCAUUGCGUCUGGACAAUUCAAUGAGGACAUGAUUCCAACCGUUGGUUUUAACAUGAGAAAAGUGACGAAAGGCAACGUGACGAUUAAGUUGUGGGACAUUGGCGGACAACCAAGGUUCAGGAGUAUGUGGGAGCGGUACUGUCGAGGAGUCAGUUGUAUUGUUUAUAUGGUUGAUGCUGCGGAUCAUGAAAAGCUGGAAGCGUCAAAGACGGAGUUACACAGUUUGUUAGAAAAGCCGCAACUGGCUGGAAUUCCUAUUCUUGUGUUGGGAAACAAAAAGGAUUUGCCAACUGCCAUGGAUGAGAAGGAACUGAUUGACAGAAUGGACUUGUCUCAAGUAACUGACAGAGAAAUCUGCUGCUACUCAAUCUCAUGCAAGGAGAAAGAAAACUUAGAUAUUACAUUGCAAUGGCUUAUUCAGCAUUCAAAGAAAGCAAGCGGCCGCUAAGUGGAGGAACCUGAUCGUUUGUGGCAGCUUGUGAUGCCGUUGUAUUGUGAUGUCGUUGUAACCCUAGGACAGCAUACUUUAGUUUCUGUUAGUUGGUCGUUGGUGUCAUAACAAUACUCAGUAAAAUGAA